AUGAAUGCCGUGGAUCACAUGUGGCUCACCACCGCCAUGGCACAUCCUUCACCAAUUCACAACGGCUUGUGUGCUGAGUCGAUUUUAGACUCUGCGCCGGAGCCACGAGAGCCUCAGCUAGAUUGGAGUCAAUACGUUUCCGAUGAGCUUUCAACCACACCAUGUUUUGAAGGCCCCUUAUCUCCCACAAACUUUGCCGUUGCUCUUCCGCGAACGCGAUCCUUAAGACCACUUUCGGUUAUAGUGGCGUCGCAUCUGCAAUUCGCCAUAGACGUUCUUAAAACCACGCCUCAAAUGAUGGUAAUAGAGAAUCGAACACCAUGGUGUCAUCCACAAUUGUAUAAAAGCCAUAUGCCACAGGUCAUGCAAGUGCUAAGACAUAUCAAUAUAGAUGCUUACGCAUGUUGCUCUCUAUACAUGUGCAAAAACGACAUAAACGCCCCAGUAAUAAUGAACCUCUUUGACGCACGCACAAGAGAACUCCUCUCAGCACCCGAACCAACCGAGGCCCUUGACAUCCUCGCUCGCACCCAAGCACUAAUCCUCUACCAAAUAAUGCGACUCUUCGAUGGAGACAUCCGCUCUCACGCCACAGCCGAUGCCCUAUUCACAACACUCGAGUCAUCAGUCCUCACAUUAAUGGCGAUAGUGCCAACCCCAAAACCCUACGACCCGACCGAACUUCUCCCGCUAGCAAUGGAAGACGCUGCGACUUUCUGGGAAGGGUGGGUUUUGCAAGAGUCGGCACGGCGCACAGUGCUGUUUACAUAUUACUUUAUUCAAAUCUUCAAAGUCCUUCAAGGAAGAGUACCGGUGUCGUGUGAUGGCAAGCUGGGCCUUGAGCAUUCCUGGUAUCUUUCGGGUGACUUGUGGAAUGCUUCCAAUGCUUUUGAUUUCGCGGUCGCUUGGACGGAAAAACAGCACCAUAUUGUUUACAAUCUUGAUUUCGAGCCGGUGUUGCAAAAUGCACAACCGGGUGAGGUCGAUUUGUUUGGGAGGAUGCUAUUGGUGACGGCUUUGGGGAUUGAUAAGGCUAAGGCUUGGUUCUAUAUCCGAGGCGCUAUAUUAUAA